AUGUUGAUGGUGACAGUAGUUUUCUUGCUGCAAAAUUUCCAUGAUUUGGACGAAGGUUACUAUCAUGCUGAUGGCCAACGGAGAGGUGACAAAUUGCAGCAUGCGCUCAUCGUUCUGACUCCAUCCAUCUUAGGAGGAGCCAUCACAACCAUAGCGGCCUGUGCCUUUUUGUUGCCCUGUCGGAUGAUUCUCUUUCGCAAACUUGGUUGGACAUUGAUGCUCAAUGCCGCGAUCUCCAUCAUCUACACCUUCAGCUUUUUGGCACCUCUUCUUUUGAUUGCAGGUCCCAUGGGCACGUGCUGCGCAACCGGUCGUGACAGCAGGUCUGUUGUGCCAGAGGUUUUCUGGCUGGAAAUGGAUGGAAAGUUGGGAGUUGUGCCCAAUGCCUUCACCAGCCUGGCUCUGGACCAAGGACAGGAGAUGUGUCAGACAACUGGGUCCAUCCAUUGCGUCGUGAAGAUAAAGCACCCGUUCUUUGACUUUGCCAAAGGCAAAGACCUGGAACCGACCUUAGUUUUGAAGCGAUCCUCUGAGAAUUCGAGAGAACUUUGUUUUGUCUAUGGAAAUGCAACUGAUAACAGUUACAGCCAUGGUUGA